CUGCCUGUCAGAGAGAGUGUACUUUCACUUUACAUCGAAGUCGAGCUGUUUUUCAGUCGUUGUUGCCUGCCGGCCAAAACUACAGAAAAAAACUACCACGCAAACUUCAUCGUUGAAGCCCUGUUUGAUGGUCCAGUAGGGUAAAAGUGAAUUUUCGCGGGCUGAGUCGGUGUAUUUUAAACACUACAUAGGAAAACGACCCGUAAACAACACUUAAAGCUAACUGAAGCAACAAUGCUCUGACACACACAAAGUAAGCUAAGUCUCCUCUGCCGACUCUGAGCUUCUGCACAGCUGAAGGCCCUUACAAACUACCUCUGGUGCCUGGUGAUUGCAGCAGAUCUGACAGUAUGGAGCGGGCUGCACUCAAACAGAGCCAGCCUUGUGGCUCUUGGGAGAUGAAGGAAAGACUUGGGACAGGAGGCUUUGGGCACGUCUACCUAUACCAGCACCUUGAGUCAGGAGAGAAGAUUGCUGUGAAACUUUGCAGACUGGAGCUGAACUCUAAGAACAAAGACCGUUGGACGAGAGAGAUUCAGAUCAUGAAGAAGCUGAAUCAUGUGAACGUUGUUCAGGCCAGAGAUGUUCCAGCAGAGUUGAGCUCCAUUGCGAUAAAUGAUCUACCACUGCUAGCCAUGGAGUAUUGCUCAAAAGGAGACCUACGCAAGGUGCUGAAUAAACCAGAAAAUUGUUGUGGCCUAAAGGAGAGUGAAGUCCUUGCACUGCUCAGUGACAUUGGUUCUGGUAUUCAAUAUCUCCAUGAAAAUAAGGUCAUUCACAGAGACCUAAAGCCAGAGAACAUAGUUUUGCAAGAGAUUGAUGGGAAGCACGUGCAUAAAAUCAUUGAUCUUGGUUAUGCAAAAGACUUAGAUCAGGGCAGUCUCUGUACAUCCUUUGUUGGAACUCUCCAAUAUCUGGCCCCAGAGCUGUUUGAGAACAAGCCUUACACUGUAACGGUGGACUACUGGAGCUUUGGAACAGUAAUUUUUGAAUGCACUUGUGGCUUUCGCCCCUUUCUUCACCACAUGCAGCCUGUACAAUGGACAAGCAAAGUCAAGAACAAAGGUCCCAAAGACAUCAUGGCAGUAGAAGACAUGAAUGGAGAAGUCAGAUUUUCUACACAUCUUCCAUAUCCCAACAAUCUCAGCAGGCCGCUACUGGAACCAGUCGAGUCUCUUCUCCAAAUGUUGUUAUUGUGGGACCCUGCGAUGCGUGGUGGCGGCCUGGAUCCUGGCGCAAACAAGCCGUACUUCUACACAGCUCUGCAGAAUAUUCUCAACAUGAAGAUCAUUCAUGUGUUGGAUAUGACCUCAGCCCAGCUGCAUUCAGUGGUUUUGGGUGCUGAGGAUAGUUUACACUCCCUGCAGCUUAGCCUGCAGACGCAGACUCAGAGUCACAUCCCCCCGCUGAGUCAGGAGCUGCUGUUGGAGACGGGAAUCUCCCUUGACCCUCGAAGACCGCUCGCGCACUGUCUGCCAGAUGGACUGCGUGGCUGGGACACCUUUAUAGUCUACCUGUUUGAUAAGAGCCUAACCAAGUACUCUGGACCGCUGACUGCCAGACCUUUGCCAGACAGUGUCAACUUUAUUGUGAGGGAGACUAAGACACAGUUGCCACUGUCUGCUCUUAGAAAGGUGUGGGGUGAAGCGGUCAGCUACAUCUGUGGACUGAAAGAGGAUUACAAUCGCCUAUACCAAGGGCAGAGGGCUGCUAUGCUGAGUUUGCUACGCUUCAACACCAACUUAACGCGCUACAAGAACAUGCUGUUCUCCCAGUCGCAGCAGCUCCAAGCCAAACUGUCUUUCUUUAAGACGAGCAUCCAGCAUGACCUUGAGCAGUACACCAAGCAGAGCAAGGCUGGAAUCUCUUCGGAAAAAAUGCUGAAGAAAUGGCAUGAAAAUGAAGAGAAAGCUGAUGAAUUUACAAAGGUUGCAGAUGUGGGGUAUCUGGAUGAAGAGAUAGUGGCUCUACAUUCGGAGAUUGUGGAGCUCCAAAGGAGUCCUUUUGCUAGGAGACAAGGGGAUGUGAUGGAGCAGCUUGAGCAAAAGGCUAUUGAACUCUACAAGCAACUUAAGGCUAAAUGCAAAACCUCUGACCCUCCACAUGGCUACAGUGACAGUUCAGACAUGGUAAAGACCAUUCUUCAGACAGUUCAGAACCAGGACAGAGUGCUGAAAGACAUGUACACCCACCUGAGCACAAUUCUGGUGUGUAAGCAGCGCAUCAUGGAUUUGUUCCCUAAACUGGAGAAGGCGUUAAAAAACAUAACAACUGCAGAAACAGUAGUGAUGCAGAUGCAAGUGUCGAGACAGAGAGAGUUCUGGUACCUUCUCAAGAUUGCCUGUGCCCAGAGCAGUUCUCCAUCUCCGUCACUUACACAGCCUUCCACUGACAGUGAAACAGUUCAUCAUUUACUUGAUGAAAAUCAACGUUAUCUGAGUCAGCUAACGUCUUUGCUGCAAGACGCCACCCAAGAGAUGGAGCACAGUAUUAUGGAUCAGGAUUGGAGCUGGACUCAGUAUGGAGCAAUGAAAGUGAAGCCUCAGACGCUCUAGAAACUCACCAGAUAUCACACACUUUAAAAAGUGCUCUAUCAGAGUCACACUAUGUGAAAGCUUUGUUAUUCCGCACAGUGUCCUUUACAUUUAUGUAAUGCUGUUGACUAGAAUGUAUGAAACAGCACAAUGUGGUAAGCUACAGACAUUUUAAUUUGAAGUAUAUUUUUGAAUGUUAAAAAAUAUUUCCAGCUGUAGAUACAAGAUAUUUAUUUUACUGGCAAUACUGACUAAAGGUUAAAACUGCUGCUGUGCAUGAUUGAAUGUGAAUAAAUUUCUAGAAACGUAUAGUA